CAGGUUAUGUUUUCAUUUGAAAAUAAACAAUGAACAUGUCUAAUAACAAAUGGUUUAAAUUGUUAUGCAAAAGUACGGAAUUGCAAUUACUUGGCACUCUCAAUGGAGGGCAAAGUUUUAGGUGGAAAAAGUGCAUUGAAGGUAUCCAAGAACAAUGGAUAGGUGUUUUUGCCAAUAGAGUAUGGAUUUUAACUCAAGAACCUGAUUGUAUCCUUUAUAAAGUUUAUGAACCAGUAUGCAAGUGUGACUUAGAAAGUGAAAGUUUUUAUAACAACUUACUGAGGCAGUAUUUUCAAUUAGACUUGAACCUGGAACAGUAUUAUGCAGAGUGGUCUAAGAAUGAUCCAUUUUUCAAAGAUGCUGCAAAACAAUUUUAUGGAAUCAGGAUUCUGAAGCAGGAUGUCACUGAAAAUAUUUUUUCAUUUAUAUGUUCUUCAAAUAAUCACAUUUCAAGGAUAAGUAGCAUGGUGGAGAAGUUAGCCACUUUCUAUGGUGAGGAAAUAUGUGAACUGAAAGGGAUAAAGUAUCACUCAUUUCCAAAUGUGGAAACUCUGGCUGGAAAAUCAGUGGAAGAGAAACUCAAAUCAAAUGGUUUUGGAUAUCGUGCUAAAUAUAUCAGCAAGUCAGCAGAGUUUAUAGUAAAUGAAGGAGGAAAGGAAUGGUUAGAUGAGUUGAAAAAUAUGAAUUAUCCUGAUGCCAAAAAAUCUCUUAUGGUUUUAACUGGUAUUGGAGCAAAGGUAGCAGAUUGUAUAUGCUUGAUGUCUCUAGGCCAUUUAGAAUCCAUACCAGUAGACACUCAUGUCUAUCAAAUAGCAAAACGAUUCUAUAUGCCCAAACUAGCCAACAAUAAAACAGUGACAGACAAGAUUUAUAAUGAAAUUGGAGACCAUUUUAGGAAGUUAUAUGGUCCACUGGCAGGAUGGGCUCACACAGUACUUUUUUGUGCUGAUCUGAAAAAGUUCCAAGGAAAUAAUGAAAAUGGUGAGGAGAAUAGUUCUAAAAAGAAAAAAAAAGUUGAUACAAAGAAGUAAACUUUUAAUGAUCAGCAAAAAAAUUUGCUUUGUUACUAAUCUACAAUAAGUCACAAGCUUUUUAUGGUUGAUAAUAAAAUAGGUACCCACAUGGGACCCUAUGAUUUUUUAUUUGAAGCAUUAUUUUAUUUCUACAAUGAAGUGCACAAAACAUCAAACAUGAGUACUUUAUUUUCUAAGAUCUCAAUCCAGUUGCAUCUGAUCCUCAUCAUCCUUUUUGUCAUCUUUCUUAACACUUUGCUCCUUAUUUUCUGAUGAAGCUCCUUCAGUGUGUGAAGUACUUUUUUCCAAAGCCUUCACAAAGUCUGCCAUAUUUCCCUGUGCUGCAGCUGCCACAGCUUCUGGAUUGACUGCUAAUUGGGAGACUAUAGGACCCAAUUGACCAGAUUCUAAGGCACUAGAAAACUG